UCUGUGUGUGUGUGAUUGUCACUGACUUGGUUUUGUUGAAACGAUGCGUUCUAACGAAGCUAUGUAAAGUGUAUAGUCAACUAUUUCUGUCUCCAUUUUGCUUUCUCCUUCUGUGAGUCCCUCCUCACACUCCCGUACUGAGAAGUCUCUUGUGUGAAUGAGAAUGACUCUCCGUAGGGAUAGCAGAGAGAGGAGGAGGGUUACAUGCACUCUGCUACUGGGCCAAUAGAAUGGACAGUGGGGGAACUGUACUGCCCGGCUCCAUUUGUAUGGAGAUUAACAAAGACUCCUGUUUAAGCGUCUCCACAUCUCUGCUCUACACGAUGGAGCUCAACAAUAAAUCUGUUCACAACUUUCCAGGGGAGGAAGCAGAGAACCCUGGGACACUAUCCAGAGGAAGCAGAGAACCCUGGGACACUUUCCAGAGGAAGCAGAGAACCCUGGGACACUUUACAGAGGAAGCAGAGAACCCUGGGACACUAUCCAGAGGAAGCAGAGAACCCUGGGACACUUUACAGAGGAAGCAGAGAACCCUGGGACACCAUCCAGAGGAAGCAGAGAACCCUGGGACACUUUACAGAGGAAGCAGAGAACCCUGGGACACUAUCCAGAGGAAGCAGAGAACCCUGGGACACUAUCCAGAGGAAGCAGAGAACCCUGGGACACUAUCCAGAGGAAGCAGAGAACCCUGGGACACUAUCCAGAGGAAGCAGAGAACCCUGGGACACUAUCCAGAGGAGGAAUCAGAGAACCCUGGGACACUUUCCAGAGGAAGCAGAGAACCUUGGGACACUAUCCAGAGGAAGCAGAGAACCCUGGGACACUUUACAGAGGAAGCAGAGAACCCUGGGACACUAUCCAGAGGAAGCAGGGAACCCUGGGACACUAUCCAGAGGAGGAAGCAGAGAACCCUGGGACACUUUACAGAGGAAGCAGAGAACCCUGGGACACUAUCCAGAGGAAGCAGAGAACCCUGGGACACUAUCCAGAGGAGGAAGCAGAGAACCCUGGGACACUUUACAGAGGAAGCAGAGAACCCUGGGACACUUUCCAGAGGAAGCAGAGAACCCUGGGACACUAUCCAGAGGAAACAGGGAACCCUGGGACACUUUAUUGAGGAAGCAGAGAACCCUGGGACACUAUCCAGAGGAAGCAGAGAACCCUGGGACACUUUACAGAGGAAGCAGAGAACCCUGGGACACUUUAUUGAGGAAGCAGGGAACCCUGGGACACUAUCCAGAGGAAGCAGGGAACCCUGGGACACUUUACAGAGGAAGCAGAGAACCCUGGGACAAUUUACAGAGGAAGCAGAGAACCCUGGGACACUAUCCAGAGGAAGCAGGGAACCCUGGGACACUUUAUUGAGGAAGCAGAGAACCCUGGGACACUUUCCAGAGGAAGCAGGGAACCCUGGGACACUAUCCAGAGGAAGCAGGGAACCCUGGGACACUUUACAGAGGAAGCAGAGAACCCUGGGACACUUUACAGAGGAAGCAGAGAACCCUGGGACACUAUCCAGAGGAAGCAGAGAACCCUGGGACACUAUCCAGAGGAAGCAGAGAACCCUGGGACACUAUCCAGAGGAGGAAGCAGAGAACCCUGGGACACUUUACAGAGGAAGCAGAGAACCCUGGGACACUAUCCAGAGGAAGCAGAGAACCCUGGGACACUAUCCAGAGGAAGCAGAGAACCCUGGGACACUAUCCAGAGGAGGAAGCAGAGAACCCUGGGACACUAUCCAGAGGAAGCAGGGAACCCUGGGACACUUUACAGAGGAAGCAGAGAACCCUGGGACACUUUACAGAGGAAGCAGAGAACCCUGGGACACUAUCCAGAGGAAGCAGAGAACCCUGGGACACUAUCCAGAGGAAGCAGAGAACCCUGGGACACUUUACAGAGGAAGCAGAGAAACCUGGGACACUUUCCAGAGGAGGAAGCGGAGAACCCUGGGACACUUUCCAGAGGAGGAAGCGGAGAACCCUGGGACACUUUCCAGGGGAAGCAGAGAACCAUGGGACACUUUCCAGAGGAAGCAGGGGACCCUAGGACACUAUACAGAGGAAGCAGAGACCCCUAGGACACUAUACAGAGGAAGCAGAGAACCCUGGGACACUAUCCAGAGGAACCAGGGAACCCUGGGACACUUUCCAGAGGAAGCAGGGAACCCUGGGACACUUUCCAGAGGAAGCAGGGAACCCUGGGACACUUUCCAGAGGAAGCAGGGAACCCUGGGACAAAUAUCAUCAUGGUUUUCAGAGAGAGAGCGAGGGAGAGCGAGGGAGAGCGAGGGAGAGCGAGGGAGAGGAACAAAAGCAGCAGUAUUUUCACUAUACAAAAAUAUGAGCGCAACAAUGUUAAAGUUACAGUACAUAUAAGAAAAUCAGUCAAUUGAAAUACAACCAUUAGGCUGUAAUCUAUAGAUUUCACAUGACUGGGAAGACAGACAUGCGUCUAUUGGUCACAGAUACCUUAAAAAAAGGUUAUGGUUAACGAGAAAGUCACAGUCAGUCAUGACUCAUCAGCCUAAAGCUCUGUGUACGAGCUGAAACAAUAUAUUUGUGUUUUAGAGGACCCGCAGGUUUCGUAUUCACACACACACACACACACACACACACACACACACACACACACACACACACACACACACACACACACACACACACACACAUUCACAUUCAUACACACACACACACACAAAAAUCUGAAAUGGCUGACAGCAUAAUACAAAUGAUAGAAAAAACUCUGCCCAAUCAGAAUCCCCAAAGGAGCAUGUCUGUAUGUAUGACCCCUCCCCUCUCAGAAU